CGGCUCGGGGCGGGUCGCAAAGCGUUGUCAGGUGAAUCCCACUGACGGCCGCGCCAAUGGCGGCCUACGGAGGCAGUUUCGAGAGUGAGAGAACGAUCAAGGAAAGGAGGGAAGUGAAACAGAGAGCGCGGGAGGAGGCCGUGACCGAGGCUCGCAAUAAAUAUGAGAAAGAGCAAAAGCAGGAAGAGCUCCGGCGGCUCCGCGGUGAAGACACGUGGAUGCUGCCUGAAGUGAACCAGCAACUGGAGCAACUAGCAGAGGAACACUCAAUAGAAUCCAAGAAGAAAAAGAAGAAAUCCAAAAAAGGCAAGAAAGAAAAGAAGGAAAAGAAAAGUAACAAACUGAAGAAAAAGACCGAUGAAUCCAGUGACUGUUCCUCUGCUUCGGAGGUAGAAUGGAUUGAAGCGGCUCCUUGUUCAGAAACUGGCAGCGGUAAAAAACCUUGGAAGGUUGAGGAAGAACAAUCAACUUCUGCAAAACAACUUGCCACUGUUCAGAGAGAAGAAUGGAUGAACUUGGACUUCCUUUCGUUAAAGACUGUUUCACAAGCAGCGCGCAAAGCUAACAAACAGAAAGAGAAAGAUGCAGAACAAGAGGAGCUGCAGGUUGCUGAACAGGCUGCAAUUCAUAAAAAAGAGCUGAACCCCUACUGGAAAGAUGGAGGCACAGGUCUGCCCCCCGAAGAAUGUGACUCUAAACCAAUUCAAAAAGCUGCCAUGGUUGAAGAUGGUGGACUGAGCUGGCUGAGACAAUCCUACCAGCGUAUGAAGGAGCAGGCAGAGAGAGAGCAGCGCAGACUGGAGGAUGUAGUGUCCGAAAGAUAUGGGUCUAUGGAAAUUUUCCAGGAAAAGCUUCAAGAGGCUGAAAAGGUUUCAGCAUCAAAUUAUCAAAAAGGAAGUGAGAGCAACUGGAGAGAGAGAUGGAGAAAACCAAGAAACUGGGCCUCUGACCAAAACAAUAGGGAAUAUAGAGUUGCCAGGGAAGAACUGAAGGUAAAGACAGAUAUACAGAAAGGGAGAGAUUCACUGAGCGAGAGACAGCAAAAGAAAGUAUCAAAGAUCAAUUCAGGAGAAAAGAAGAGAAAAUCUGAAAGGGAAGACAUUAGGGACAGAUUCAAAGAUCGAUCACAGCAUUUUGACAAAGAGGCAGUGGCAGGCAGUUCCAAAGAGAAAUAUCGAGAUAAAAGUGGGGAAGAUGACCGGAGAAACAGAGAGGAUGAAUGUGAGCAGAGUGGACAAAGAGAUAACCGUGCUAGGGGUUUAAGAAGAGAUAACUUUCAAGAAAGGCAGAGAGAUAAGUUUUCAUCUUUAAAUAAUCUCAAAUCUAAGUUCAUGAAGCCCUGUGAGGAUGAUGGUGUUUCAGUUGGCAGCAGUAGAUGGGGCACCCAGGCUGCAAGAGCUUCUCUCCAGCAACCAGAAUCCUGCAGUUCUCUCAGCAGCACUUUUCGAAAGCCCGCUGAUGACGGUGACAAAAUGUCAACGUGGUGCAGAGACAGCAAAGACGAAACAUCACAAGUGUCGACACUCCCGGCUCAGGACAGUACGCUUCCAAAAGGGGAAGGAAAUUCCAAGUGUGAGGACAGAAGGAUAGAGACCAAGCCUGGAGAAAAUAGUCCUGUGCAAGAGUUAUCUUCACAAGAUCAACGGAAUCCGGUUUCUAGUGCUGCCUCUCCAAUCAGAUCUGAUGCUGCAAAUGAGGAAUCUGUGCAACCUCUUAGUGAGGAAGAGAUGAACAAGCUGGGGGCAAAGAUUGUCAAAGCAGAGCUGAUGGGAAACCUGGAAAUGGCAUCAAAAUUUAAGGCUCAGCUGGAGGCAGCUCGUAAAUUGAAGAGCCUGGGAGAAGGCAGCAACAUUGCAGCUUCUACAGCACCGCGGAGAAUAGAGAACCUGGCUGCAGAUCAAGAUCAAGACGUGGUUCUUAUCCGAACGGAUCGAUCAGGCAGAGCUUGGCCAGUGAGCGCUGCCACAGAAUUUGCAGAGCAACAAAGAGGGAGGAAGAAGAAACAAACGAUUGAGACGCACUCUGAGGGAAAGAGGGUCAGAUAUUUCCAGGAUGAUGAUAAUCUAAGUCUACAAGAUCUGGUCAGAAAAGAAAGGAUGAGCACUGCAGAGGACCAGAAUGAAAGAUUUACACGCAUGGCUUCUAAGUUUAUGGAGAAGAUGGAUCGGGACUAUUACACACUGGAUGACAUGUUUGUCUCGAAAGCAGCCAAGAAAGAGCAAUCAGGCCAAGAAGAUGAAAGGCAGCGACAUAAAGCUAUCAGUGAGCACAAGAAAUUAGCUGGGAGAAUGGAGAAAUGCCACUACUGCUUUGACAAUCCCGAGCUUCCAAAACACCUUAUCAUUGCUAUUGGUAUAAAGGUGUAUUUGUGUCUGCCCAAUUGCCAGUCACUGACUGAAGGUCAUUGCCUGAUAGCGCCACUCCAGCAUCACACUGCAGGUACCGCACUGGAUGAAGAUAUCUGGGAGGAAAUGCAGCUAUUCCGAAAAGCCUUGGUGAAAAUGUUAGCAGACAAGGGCCUUGACUGUGUCUUCUUUGAGACCAACAUGCAUUUGAAAAAACACUUUCACAUGGUGUAUGAAUGCAUUCCUCUUCCAAAGGAACUGGGAGACAUGGCUCCUAUUUACUUCAAGAAAGCUAUACUGGAGUCUGAUGAAGAAUGGACCAUGAACAAGAAACUGAUUGACUUGUCCACAAGGGAUGUCCGCAGAGCUGUUCCCAAAGGGUUGCCCUAUUUUUCGGUGGAUUUUGGACUCCAAGGAGGAUUUGCUCACGUCAUUGAAAAUGAACACAAAUUUCCUGUUUAUUUUGGAAAGGAGAUUAUUGGUGGCAUGUUAGAUCUGGAGCCAAGGCGAUGGCGGAAGCCAAUGAGAGAAAACUUUGACGACCAGAGGAAGAAAGUGCUGCACUUCUCCCAGUGGUGGAAACCGUACAACUGCACCAAAACAAAGGAUUAAUCUCACCUACAACCACGUGCUGAGAGAAGCAGAGAAUAACUUGCCCUCUGUAACACGGCUGUCUUCAGGAUAAGAGCACAUGAUUUUUAUAUUGAUACAUUCCAAUAUAAAAGAUUUCUGUGAGCCUUGUGCUCACUAACAUUUACUUGCAAAUCAUUUACCCUGUAAAUAAAAAAUAAGACAGACAACUGGAUUUUCUUUUUCCCAAUUUGUUUCAGAUUUUUCUUUCCUGCCCUUGCUGAAAUUGACUCAUGUUCAAUAGUAUCACUUCAGUACCUAGCCUAAAUGACCAUCCUUCAUGUGUGAGGCUAGAAAGUUAGUGAAAGCAUACUGUUCAGCCACUGAGGACAUCACAAUUGAACCCAGCUCUGCCCUCACAUACAUUUUCCAACAGGGGUCACUCUGUAGUGGGAAAUUGCUGAUAAGACCCUGAUACGGAUUCAGUUCCAUACACCAAACACAGAGUGUAGAAGUACUGCUGUUAAGCAUCUCAGUAUGAUCAAUACACAGCAACAGUUCCAUGUGACUAGUCCUAACUCAAUGCUAAUAUCAAGUGUUCUUGAUAUGAUCCCAAUCCCAUGUUAUAGAUGUCUGCCUUUCAGUUUUAGUUUGUUCUCGAUUCAAUAUAUUAUGAAAAUGGUGAUUUUCAUAAUGUCGCUGAGUCUGCAUUUGUAUCGACAAGCGAAAUGCUAAAUCUUUCACUAUGUGAAAUUAUGCAGGAUUCAAUGUAGUUUUAAUGGAGAAUUGAAUGUCAGCACCGGGAUGUGAAUAAAACAUUUUUAUAUA